UCAGAUCAAACUGAAAUCAAGCACAGCAAAAAGCGCUUAGCGACUCGGACUUCUUAAAAAAUAUUCUAAGUUAGAAAAAAGAAGGUUUUGUAAAUUAAGUUGGACUUAUUUGCAAAAAAACUCUGCUGCAUAUAAGUACUCAACAAAUUAAGAUAUCUACUUUAGGAAUGAAAUAUUUGUAAUCUUUCACACUGGAUACGGAUGAAAUGAUCACGGCCAGUGACACCCAGGACUUUGUUCCAUUCGGCCGAGAAUAUGUUCAACAGCAUCCUGGGAAAUUUCAAAUACAGGUACAAAAUGUGGUUCACACUGAUCCUGGACUUCCACUGCUGAAGUCGUUCAGAGAUAUUUCAAUCCAGGAUAAUGGCAAGAAGGAGCAGUGGACAUUUUACUCGGAUCCAGAUAAAGAUGGUCACCAUGGUAACUAUGAUGAGGAGUUAUAUGUGAGUGGAAACACUGUGGUGUGGAGUAAAGGAGGCCUAGAUGGCUGCAGAUCUGUUGUUAAAACAUUCACCAUGGAUACACCAGUACUUCAGGCAUUAUGGUGUAAAUUUGUCAUACCGGAAAGUUCCAAUCCAGAGGAAAUUUGCUCUACUCUAGACACUGAAGGUGUGGUACAGUGUGGAGUGUGUGUUGUAGAGUCAAGCUGUGUUAGUUGCUUUAUGGAAGAUGGCAGUGAUUACUUAGCAGCUCUUCCCUUUCAGGUUGCACAUGUAUGGGUGAUCAAGAAUGGUCUGUUGUUUGAGAGAACAGUAUCUCCAACAGAAUACAGAUCUCUGAAAAGAAAUGCACCAAACCAGACAACUGUGUUCAGUAUGUUACAUCCCCUAGAUGAGGUAGCUCCUGUCAUUACUAAAACUGGUUCUGCGGGAAGUCAGAAAACAUCUUAUCUUACAGAUAAUACCCAGCAUGUUGUUUUCUCCAGCUUAGAUCCAUCUAUAGUUCUCACGUAUGAUACAAUGGUUGGCGUACACUCAGCAUGGAAAGUAAGAAGAGCAAGAACAGAGGAGUGUAGUGCUGUAUGUAACACGUGGGAUCAGUCUGCCAGUAUAUAUCAGAUGGGUCCAUGUACUCCAGCUCAGAACUUUAACCAGUCUAGUAGUAGCAUGUCUCGUCACUAUGGUAACAUCUCAGCUUCACCUCAGGUAUCACCACUGAGAAGUUUCUCUGGUCGUAUUAGUUCUCCAGCCUUCAUGUCUCACUCACAAAGUCCCUUGACAGGCAAUCCACCUGGCCUAGACAGACGUUCACAAAGCCCGGCUAUGUUAGGUAAUACAUCACUACACAGACUUCAUACUCCAUCUCCACAAACAUCUAAAUCUCCGGGAAACUUCUAUCGUACCCCAGCUAACAUGUCCCUCAUCAAUGAAAGUAUAUCAGAAUGGAUCGAACCAAUAACACCUGAGAUAUGCUUGGAACAUAUCUGGACAGAAACUGCACCUGCUAUAAGGGACGGGUCCCUAGGAAAAUCAUCAAAAGCAUUUCAGACUCGUGACCUGUGUGGUCAGCAGUAUUUGUGUUACUUAAUCUCAUAUAGACAGCAGUUACGUUGUGUAAAAUUUGAGGAAAGUAACGAUCUGAAGAAACUUGUAUUUGGUACAGUAAACAUUAUUCCAUGUAAAGAUGCUGUCCCUAUUGAAAGUAAAGAUCUGCUGAUUGUACUUGAUACAAGUGGUUGUUUGUAUGUGUACAGUGGAAUAACAAAGAUUAAUCGUUUACAUGUUCCUACACUUCCUGUUGGUGGGAAUAUGUCUCUCAGUAUGUUACGCCAAAUGACACCAUUACAGAGUCCUGUUAGAGGGGGUGUAUUUACUUCCAGUCGACCACCUAGUGCAAUGGAUGCAAGAUUUGAUGAAGAGUUUCAGUUGAAUCAGAUCUCCCCUGUACAAACAGAAUUUGAUGAGUCAGCAAAUUAUGAUGAUUUCCCUGUAGGUUGUGGAUAUAUACAGUGUUUGAGAGACAAUAUCUCAGACAGGUUCACUUUAGAACUGACCAAUGGUCAUUUAUGUAGAUGUACUAUACCAGAUAUGACCAACUCUCCAGGAAUAGAUCUCAGCUUAAAGGCAUUGAAGCACAUGUUGCCACGUGACUUGGCGUUACAGAUGUUAGGUAAAUGGUAUACAGUGAGAAAUUCACCAGGCGGCAUUGGAAGUCAGCCUGAAUGGAUGAUGUUUAUACGAUGUUUACUAGGCAUGAUGGGAUAUGAUACAGCUAAACUUCCUCUUACAUUUAAGCAAGAAAUGGAUCUGUCUCUGUCCCCAGUCUCAGCAAAGAGGGCAAAAACAUCUGACCAGGGAUCUGAGGAGGAUUGGGAGUGGAUGUUAAGUUCAGAUCACCACAAGUUUGUUACUGAGAGUCUAGAAGAUGUCCUAGGUUUGUCUGUCUGUAAUGUGAUACCAGAAAGUACCCAGUAUCAGCAGGCAACAAUCAACACAACCGCCAUAUUGUUUACUCAUAUCCCAGCAUGCUUCAUGGCUUUACAUCUUGUUUAUGAGGAAUUAAAAUUGAACAGUUUGUUAGUGGAGGAAGUGGAACAGCUAGUUGUAUUACUACACCAGCUAGCAGUAGAUCUGAGAUGUAACCCUCCAUCUGAUUGGCCAGAGGAAUCCUAUGCUCUAAUUGGUCGAGAAGACAUAAGCAAGUUGAUGUCACUACAAGAUAGAGAAGAUGUGUCCCCACCCCCAGGAAUUUUCAAGAGAAAACCUAGCCCUCAAUCUCAAGGGACAAAAGAAGAAGAUGAUGGCAUGGAACAUCUUGAUGAUGAGUAUUUGAGGUUGAGAUUUAGCGAGGAUCUAAGAGUACAAGAAGCUAGGAGAUUAUUACAGUCCUCAAGACCAGCUAGAAUAUCUCUAGUACAAAAACCAGAAAUAAGUGACCAUGAUUUUAUAGAGGAGCAGGAACGACAUUUAUAUGCAAUAUGUAUCAGAACUAUGGCUCUAUCUGUUGGCAGGGGCAUGUUUACAAUGAGCACAUACCAUCCUCUAUCUACAGAAACAUUACCCAUACCUAAACUCUGUCUCACAGGGAAAGCCCCACCAAGGAAUACAACAGUAGACUUGUCUCAUAUAGAUACACCAGCUAACAUGACAGCAUGGCCACUGUUCCAUAAUGGUGUUGCCGCAGGAUUGAGGAUUGCAGAUUUCUCUCAAGUAGACUCAUCAUGGAUCAUGUACAAUAGACCUAAGAGUAAUGAACUGAACAAUGAAUAUGCAGGAUUUUUAAUGGCACUGGGACUAAACAAACAUCUUGUUAAAAUGAACAUACUUAAUAAACACAAUUACCUUAGUAAGGGACAUGAAACAACAACAAUAGGUCUGCUGCUAGGAGUUGCUGCAGCCAAACGUAGCACUAUGGAUCUAUCAACAAUGAAAAUGUUAAGUAUACAUCUACCAGCAAUGUUACCACCUACCUCUACAGAGCUCAAUAUAUCACAUAACAUGCAGGUGGCAGCUAUACUUGGUGUAGGGCUUGUAUUUCAAGGCACUGGUCACAGACACACAGCAAAUAUACUCUUAGCUGAGAUAGGUCGACCACCUGGUCCAGAGUUACAGAAUUGUACAGACAGAGAAUCAUAUUCCCUAGCUGCAGGUCUCGCACUUGGACUUGUUAUGUUUGGUAAAGGAAAGGAGACAAUGGGGACAUCAGAUCUCAGUAUGGCAGAUACAUUAUAUCAUUUUAUGGUGGGAGGUCACAAACGGCCACUGAUUGGACCAAGUCAAGAAAGAUACAAGACCCCAAGUUACCAGAUUCAGGAAGGUGACACUGUUAAUGUAGAUGUGACAUCACCAGGUGCUACACUAGCACUUGGAAUGCUUUACUUCAACACAAAAAACAGAGCAGUAUCAGAGUGGUUACAGGUUCCAGACACACAGUUUAUGCUGGACCAAGUCAGACCAGACUUUCUACUUCUUAGGACACUAGCUCGAGGUCUUGUGAUGUGGGAUACUGUUUUACCUUCCAUAGAUUUCCUCAAACAAACAAUUCCUCAGAUACUGGAAGACUAUGCCUUUCAUAAAUAUCAGAUGGAAGAUGAGGAUAAUACCAUAGAUUUUGAAACUAUGAGUCAGGCAUAUUGCAAUGUAGUGGCUGGAGCAUGUAUGGUGAUUGGUUUAAAGUUUGCUGGAUCAGCCAAUCAGGAAGCUUUUGACACACUGGUAGAGUGUAUGAAUCGGUCGUUAAAGGUUAUAUCUACACCACCUCUAGUAGAACAAGCUGGCAAGAGUACAGUAGAAAAUUCUAUGAUGACAAUACUGCUCUCCAUGGCAAUGGUAAUGGCAGGAACAGGUAAUCUUGAAGUGUUACGUAUGUGUAGAAUGUUCCGGUCGCGGGUCGGACCACCAUAUAACCUGUAUGUGAUGUAUGGAUCUCAUAUUGCUAUCAGUAUGGCAAUAGGAUUACUCUUCCUAGGUGGUGGCAAGUACACAUUGAGCACCAAAGAUGAAGCUAUAGCUGUAAUGUUGUGUGCUUUCUUCCCCAAGUUCCCUACUCAUAGUAAUGACAAUAGGUAUCAUUUACAAGCAUUCCGUCACCUGUAUGUCCUAGCAUCAGAGUUAAGAACAAUGUUACCACGAGAUGUUGAUACAGGAUUUCCCUGCUAUGUUCCUAUAGAAAUCAGGUUUAAAGAUACAGAGCAUUAUUGUAAUGAGUCAUAUAGAACAUCAGCACCAUGUACAUUACCAGAACUUGAUCUUCUACAAGAGAUCAAAAUACUUGGACCGAGAUAUUGGCCGAUUGUAUUUCACAAAGAUAAAAACUGGAAGAGCUUAAAGUUACUAUUAAAACAUAAUGGAACAUUGUAUGUGAAACAGAGAGCUGGUCAUCUUUCAUAUGUAGAAGAUCCUAAGGGUUAUAGAAGUAUGCUUGCCAAAUCUCUGACAGUGGACCAGUCAUCACAAACUUGUGUUAAGCCUGACAUCAUUAAAGCAUUUACAUCAGAUAGUAAGGUUAUAGCACUGACUGAGUACUUCUUUAGUAAACAUGGCGAUACUCAUGAAGAUCUACUACAAGUGCUAUCAGAUAUCUUAUAUGAAUGUGUAACCCAUGAGAAACCAGAGGCCAUAUCUACACAUAUAACUCUAGACCAGGUAACUAGACGUUCAGAGUUUCAGUGUACAUCUCUAGGUAUAAGUCAGCUUAAGUUGAUAUUUGCCUACUAUAACCUGGAACAUUCAUCUGUCCCCACUGGUAAUGAAAUGUUAGACCACUCUGGUGUCCAUGAAGAAUUCCAGGGGCAGCAACUCCUCAAACCUGAGUUUAUACUCUCUACUAAAAACAGACUAAAAGAUGUGCUGGAUAAAUGGUUACAAGAGAACUUGUCUGUACUAGUGAAGUACAUGAAGGGUGAGACAGUGAAAGGAUCAGCAGUAAAGAAUUUGUCUGCUGUGUUAGUGUGGUACGAUAUACCAAGUCCUGCUGAUAUUGCACAUAUCUCCAUUGAUGGUGUACCUAGUUUACCAGCGUUGUAUGCAGCCCUACCACAGUUACAUGUGAGCACAUUGAUGAUGUUACUGAAGGCCUGGAGAACUGACAGAUGACCCACAUUACCAUAGAACUAUAUAUACAUCACUUACUGCUAGCAUGUUACCAUAGAGAUUUAAAUACAUCAUUUAGCAUGUUACCAUAGAAACUUAAAUACAUCAUAAACUUAUAGCAUGUUACCAUGGAGAUUUAAAUUGUACUCUGCUAGCAUAUUACCUUAAAGGUUAAUCAUUUACAUUCUUUGGAUAUAGACUUAUUAUUACACUCAGUGUUGAUAAAAUAACUGGAACAGAUGACGUGUCAUGCAAAUAUAUAGACAAGAGUUCUGUCAUAACUAGCUGUAGGAAACACAUGGACAAUAUUUGAAAUGGAUCUGUCAUAGAGUGGAGAACUUUUCCAGUCUCACCUUUCCUGACACAGAAUCAUGUACAAUUUAGCAAAACAUUAACUUGAAAAUGUGGCUUCAUGCUUACAAAAAAGAACAAAUAAACAAUUUGAAGAAGGCAUAAUUAUCUAAAUAAAGUAUAGCAUAUGUAUAAACUAAGAAGAAAUUCAUUCAGUCAUUCUUAUAGAAUGAUUUAUGUAUUGGUUUUAGCACAGGUUUCCAAACAAUGAAAAUAAAUAUUUUCAUACUUAUAGUAUGGUCCUGUUGUGAGUGUUUGAAAACUUACUUUGUUUCAGGCAGCAUGGUUUAUUAUUUUUUCUCAAAAGUUAAAUUUAUCUAUCUAGUGAUAUUGUUUCUAUGACAACGUUGAAAAUGUAUUUGAAACAAUGAAAUUUGUGAAUUGUUUUUUGUAUAUUUAUAUCCUGUUGCAUAUAUCUUGUAUAGAUCAUGUUAAAAUGUUGACUCAUUCAAUGAUUCAUACUUAUAUAUACAUUAAUAAACAAGUAAAAAUAUUUAA